AGAAUGGAAGUGUGUCCUUACUGUAAGAAGCCAUUUAAACGAUUAAAAUCCCAUCUGCCGUACUGUAAGAUGAUAGGACCAGCUGUGCCUGCUGUUUGUCAGUCCAAGCCAGCUACACUCCCACGUGCUAAAAAAAUCAAAGGGCCAAUCAGAGACUCAGUUAAAGCAAAAGAGAAAGGGUUAGGGACAGGUAGUAAGAAAACAAAUCCUGAAUUGAAAGGGGACAGAUCAGAACAACAGACAGUUAAGUCCUCUCCACGACUAGCUGUCAGUUUGGAAAAAACAAGUAAUACAAAGGCUGAUAAAGACUUCAAGAAUCAAAGUCAACCCUCCCUCAAAAUGCUAAAAAAUACUGAACGGAAGAUUACUUCCCAGGGAGAAACUACAGCUCAGUUUUCUGCAUCAGAAAACACCACUCCUAAAACAGAGCUUUUUGCCGAAGACUUGUCUAAAUCAGGGGAAAGUAGAAAUGACCCUUCAGAGCCCGAAGCUUCUUUAGUUCUUGGCCCGAUGGAACCUUCUGUGUCAGAUCAAGGUAGGAAAUACCCUUCGGCCUUCCCGAAUGAUGUACCAGCCACUUCUGCUGAUUUAAGAUUGGACAGAGUGGAUUCCCCAAGACAGAACCUUCCCAUAAAAUUACUAGAUAUGCCUCUGGGCGAUUAUCACGGUUCUCCCACGAAUCUCGAUUAUGGGGUUAAAGGGGUAAGCACAUCAUCAAGCAGUGAGAGAGAUUCCAAGGCUGGGGAUUACCUCUUGGGAGUCUCUACUAGAGACUCUGGGACUUGGGAAAAGAACACCGAAUCACAGAUUGCAGCUUUUAAAGUUAGCCCGUUGGGUAAAAUCCAGGUCAAGGAGAACCAGGGAAAAGGACUUGACCUUGGAGCAGAGGCAUGUGGGAGCCAAGGAAAUGCAGAGAAAAGCGCAUUUGCAACAGAAAUGCAGGAGUGGGCUGCCGUGAGCGAUGAUUCAGUCAUGGAGAGGAAAUCUCGAGGUAAAGGCCCCGAUUUAGAGUUGCUCACGCCAACGGGGACAAAUUGCAGUGAGCUUCUCUCUGUAUCACAGUCACGUAAUCAAAGUCUUGCCUCUCUGGCUAUGAAAUUUCUCCAAGAAGAGAAGGCAGAAGCCUGCAGCUGUAAUCAAGUCCCUGCUAUGAAGGCGUUGACAGAGAGUGAGGAACAAGCUUCUCUGACACCCAAGUCGUGCCGUCGGCCACCAGCAUCGCACCCCAGGGGCCAGCAUUCUGCACAUUCAACCCAUCAUCACGCUUCUAAAAGCCCCUUCACAGGUCAGAUCGGUGCCACCGACAGAAAGACCCUGUCUAGCUCCCUGGGGCUGGAGUGGUUUCCAGAGCUCUAUCCGGGUUAUCUUGGACUCGGGGUGUUGCCGGGGAAGCCUCAGCAUUGGGGCAUAUUGGCCCAGAAGCCUGCGCUCAUCAGUACCCAGGGGGGAGGCUGCUCACAAGUUCCUUUGUUGGAAAGAAGUUCGACGGCGGUAAGAAGUUUGGAAGCCCCGGCCAGGCUCACAACCUCCAGCUUCUCUCUAAGGAGGCUCUUGGGAGCUGUCCAAACAGGCUGGAUCAGGUGUCGCACCACCGUGCAGAACAGAGGAGUCGGUGGCAUCGUGACGUUCUUCACAGGGUACUUCGUCCUUUGUUGUAGCUGGAGCUUCAAGCAUCUGAAAAGCGUGCCAAGCCCUGCCCCAGAUGGACAGGACGCCUCACGGGCUCCUGUGUCGGAGGGAUGA